AUGUCGGACUUAUCAGACUAUGAGGCUUACUUGGAGGACGAUUUUGAACCUGCGAAUUUUGCGAAUGGGUUGGUUCUUUCGACAAAUAAUCCCGAUGACGACAGUAUAGAUUUAUUAACGUCGUUGAAGAGAUUGAAGUUUGACUUGAAAGACAUUGAUAAGCGGAUUAAAAGGAGCGUGGAUGCCAAUUGCUCGGAUCUUUUGAGUGAAUUUGAAAAUGUGGAGAGGUUUUCGGCCACCGUUAGUGAAUUGGAUCCUGCAUGGAAACAGCUCAACUCGUCAUAUUCUAGAUUGGACACUGAGAUCCUAGAGCCUUAUAACGAAUGCAAUCGCAUCCAUUCAGCUUUGAGAAGAAUCCAUCAAACUUCCACUUUGUUAAGAUCUUCGGUGUAUUUCUUGUAUCUUAUUGGGAAGAUCGAGGAGAUAGACAAAAGUGAUCAAGCUAUGAAUAGAAAGCCUUUUAAGAACUUACUACUUUUAGCCAAGUUACUCGAUCAGGUGAGAGCGCAUUUGGCAGACUCUUCGUAUCUAAAGUCUUUGAAGCUAGUAAGAGAUUUUGAACAGUUUCAGCCGAGUCUAAUCACCCAUUGUGUGGACCUGUGUGCUGCUAACUUUAAGCAGUUCAACGUGGAUCAGUGUGAUAGUCCAUCGAUAUUGAAUAUAGUCAAUGCACUUCUAUAUUUAUCAGAGGGAACUUUUUACAAUCAAUUGCAGCAGUUACUUUCGACAAAGGUGAAUCAGUCUGUAACUUCAAUAACGAGAAGUCUCAAUAAUUUGAAGAGUUUCCAUAGGGUGUUUGAGGAGGUUUCCAAGAAUGCAAAGUUGUUUGCAACGUUGGACAAGUUAAUGAAUGAAAAUCCGUUUAUUGAUCCAGCUGGUGAUAGAAAGAUAUGGGAUGAGGUAAAGGUUAAGUUGGAUAUGAAUACUUCGUUGGUAACAGGAUUCUGGAGAGAUGUCGCUACAGGAAUAGAGCCCCGCUUUAGAGCAAUCAUAUUGAAAGGCGGUCCAAUCUCUCGAAACUUGAAGUCCUCCCAAGACGACAUCAAAUCUCUAAUCAAACAAUCGGUAUUAAGUUCUUUACAAGAUGGCCAGGUGGGAGAAUGCAUCGAGGUGACUUUGAUGCUUAAUAGUGUUCACUCUCUAGAUUUGCAAGCUUAA